CACUCUCUGGAUGUGCUUGGGUUCCUGCUGGCCUGUGUGGCCACUGCUAUAUUCGUCAUCACAAAGUGUUGUCUGUGUUUUUGGUGGAUGUUUGCUACAGCAGGAAAGAAGAAGAAAAGGGAAUAAUUAGAUCUAGGUUUGAAGCUGGAAUCCCUGAAAGAUGCGACUCUUUCAGUUUAUUCCAGCAAGAAGAGUUUGUGAUGUAGGAUUCCCUUCCUCCUGUGACCACUUGACUUUUCACAAUUUAGUUUAACAAAUCUAAGUUUGUGUAGGAAAAAGUUGAUACUUUGUUAAAAGUUAGAAAUAUUUUAUGGUGAAGAGAAAAGAAAUAUGGGGGAAAAUAAAAAUAAAUAAAUAUGGCAUUAAUUUAUGUAGACAUGUACUGUUCCAAUUCAGAAGUUAUAUCAAAAAUGUGUUUAACUUUAACAUUUACAUACUAUACAUGAAUAUGAGACCAUCACAAUAUCCUGUCUCAGUGUUACAAUUUUUUAUGAAUGCUUAGGAUGCUUUACUUCAUUUUGGCAUAGUAUUUGGUAGUUUUAACUUCUAUUAACUUGUUUGAAUUUCUUUGGUGGGAGAAUACAUUGAAUGGUUUAGAAUAUUCCUAUGUAGAAUGUAUUAAUAUUAAAAAAUUGGCACAGAAUGGAAAACACAAGUGGAAAUCAUUCUCAAUCAAGUCCAUGCAAGCUCAUAUUCACCAAGAAUUUUACACACUGUGAGUGAGCUACUCAGGAGAGUGACCAGGUCUCCACGACAGCGAGGCCUGCUGUUCUCUCCCCUGUGACAAAGCUGCUCUCCGUGGGACACAGUGUGAGGACAAGGACAGUCCCUCCCUGACAGUUAGAACAGCAAUUUCAAGUGUAAUUUCAGGAUAAAAAGUGUCUCAUACCUAAACAAUGACCGAGGAAAUAUGAUCAUUUAACUAUGUACCCAAAUACCAUCAAAUUCUAUGUAUAAAUGGAACCCUUGGGACGAUUUCACUAAAAUUCUAAACCACAUAAUCAUAAUCCAGCAUGUCAGUGACUAUUAACCUUCACCUACUGUCUGUGUGCGUGUGUGGGAAAAGACUGGGAAAUUCUGACACACUAGAAGUGAAGGAGAAAAGACUAUAGACCUGAAGAAAUGUGGAUAUAAAAUCAUCCCAACUCUUAGUAAGAUAGCCUCCUGGUAAUAAUCAGAGAAUGACACCUAUGUCUCCAAACCAAAAAAAUGUAUAGAAAAAGGCCUGAAAUGAACUAUCAAUUUAGAAUUACAACCAUAUAGAAUUAAAGCCAAGUGAAGCCCUCUUUUAAAAAAGUAAAUUAUAAUAGUAAAUACAAUAAUAUAGCGGAACAGUCUGGGUAUAAUAUUUUCUAGCACUAUCUCUCCAAACAACAUUGCAAUAGCUCCACUUCAUUUCUUCCUCCAAUACACAUACAUACAUGCAUGCACAUGCAAACACAUAUUUGCACAAAACCACAAUAGAUGCCAUCUAUCUCAUAAUACACAUUACUUUCCAAAUAAACUCAGUGAUUAGCUCAGUUAAAAACUAGCCCUUGCUCUAAUAAUUUUAAUAAUACUUGAUUGUCUAUUCUUAGAUGUUGCAACGAAUCUUGUCAAAUAUGUUUCUUAUACUGACACCCGUUUGUGACGGAACACAUUCUUCCUUCACAGGAGAUGGAAGACUUUGUCUAGAGCUCUGGAGAAAACGGCGUUGUGGUGUUUUCUCUGGGGUCGAUGCUCAGUAACAUGACAGAAGAAAGGGCCAAUGUGAUCGCUGCAGCCCUUGCCCAGAUCCCACAAAAGAUGUUUGCUACAGCAGGAAAGAAGGCAAAAAGGGAAUAAUUAGAUCUAGGUUUGAAGCUGGAACCCAUGAAAGAUCGGAAUCCUUCAGUUGAUUCGACCAAGAAGAGAUGGUGAUGCAAGGUUACCUUCCUCCUGUGACCAUUGCCUUUUCAGGAUGUAGUUUGUCAAAUCAAAGUUUGUUUAUGUCACAGUUGAUACUUCUUUAAAAGUUAGAAAUAUUUUAUUGUGAAGAGAAAAGAAAGGCUGGGGGACAUUAAAAAACUUAAAUAUGAUAUGGGUUUAUGGAGACAUGCACUUUUCCAAUUCAGAAAUUAUGUCAAAACUAUUUAUCAGACUUUACAUUUCCAUAUUGUACAUGAACAUGAGACCAUCAAUAUAUUCUUGCUCAGUAUUAAUAUUGUUUUACACAUGCUUGGAAUCCUUUCCAUCAUUUGGGUAUAGUAUUUCGUAGUUUUAAUUUCUGUUGAAAACUAUCCAACCCUUACACACUGCUCACAACCCUGACUGGUGUGCACUGCUGGGUCAGGCUCUCAGAUUUAAAAGGUGCUUCUUCUGCAUCCCUGGGAGCCCAGACUCACAGGAACUGCUAGAUUGCGAAUGGGAGGACCCAGAUAUGCAGUCAAGGCAACAACACUAUUGGGCAGCUCUUCCCCAGGGCUUUAAAAACUCCCCUCCGAUCCUUGGGGAGAUUCCUGGGAAAGACUUCUGAGACCUCAGUUAAAUGAUGGGGCUUCACUGCAAUAUGUUGAUGACAUACUAGUUGCCGGCACCACAGAAAAAGGCAUCCAACAAGAGCACUAUUCUAACUCUAAACUUCCUGGCUGUAUCCAAGGUAUCCAAGAAAAAGGCUGAGAAUUUACAGCCUUCAGUUAAAUAUCUUGGAUUCAGGUUUUCCCAGUGACAGAGUCUCACUUGACAACAGCUGUGGAGCUUCUGGGAUGUUGCCAGUUUCUGUCACAUCUGGAUUCCUAACUUGGGACUUAUUGCUUAGCCUCUGUACGAUGCCUUAAGGGGAGGAGAUAAUGAACUGUUAUGGUGAACUGGGGAUGGACAUAGGGCUUUCUGAAAUAUCUAGGAAUAACUGUUGAGUGCCCCAGGAUUGGGACUCCCAGAUAUAGGAAAACCUUUUGAUGUUUUUGUGCAUAAGAAGCAAGGACUGAGUCUAGGAGUGCUGACUCAGCACCUGAGAAAUAUUAAGAUACCCAUUGCUUAUUUCUCAAAGCACGUGGACAUUGUCACAAAGGGAUGACCUUCUUGCAUUCGGGCUAUUGCUGCCGUGUGUCUCCUGCCUCAAGAGGCAGAGAAGUUUACAAUAGGCCAGCCCAGCACUCUGCACACCCCACUGUGUGCUCCCCUUACUGGAACAGACAAGAGAAUACUGGCUGGCCUCUGGGAGGCUUGAGAGAUAUCACACCAUCCUUUUGGAUACAUGAAAUAUAACACUAAGAGCAGUCUCUACCUUAAAUCCUGACACCUUAAUUCCCCAAAUGCCAUCUGAACCUGUGCAUGACUGUUUACAAGUAAUUGAAUGAGUUGAUUCUAGCCAGCUGGAUCUAACUGACGCACCCUUAGGAAAACACACACCUAGAGAUAUUUCUGAUGGAAGCAGCUUUAUGGACCAGGGACAAUGGAGAGCUGGGUAUGCAGUGAUAACCCAUCAGCACAUAUUAGGGCUGAAGUCCUCCCUUCUGGAACCUCAGCACAGAAGGCAGAAUCCGCAGCUAUUGUCUGGCACUCCAACUAGAUAAAGGCACACAAGUGACCAUUACCUGGACUCCAGGUAUGCUUUUCCUAUUGUUUAGGUGCAUGAGCCAUAUGGAAAGAAAGGGGACACUUUGAGUCCAGUAAUAAAGAAAUAAAAUAUAGCAAAGAAAUCCUAGCCUUGCUAGAUGCCAUUUUAGCCCCCGAGGAAGUAGCUGCAGUUCAUUGCCUUGGUCAUCAGGAGACAGACGGUCUGGUGGCAAGGGGCAUCAUCAGGCAGCUCAGGCCACGAAGGAUGCAGCUACCCUUGGAAUCACAGCAAAAUCAGUUUUCCUGUCCUCUGUUGGCCCUUCACCCCGGCCUGAACUGCUUGUGCUGAAGGCAAGGGCCAUGUGGGGUUGUUUGGAGUAUGUAGGAGAUUUCUCUUUCCUCCUGAACAAUUUUUUUUUAUGUAGAUGAUCUUUGCACUAAUUGGUUACUCAUUAAAUUUUUAGAGUUCAAAGCAACUUUGAAAUAACUAGUGGAAAAGAAAAACAGGUUUCACAUUGGUUAUAUAAUUUAAAUUCUUUUAAUAUUAAUCUACCGAAUAAUGGAUGAAUCUCAUUUUCUUAGUGGACAAGAGAACCAGUUAUAUAUCUGAUGAAGGGCUAUUAAAAAUAUAUAUAUUUAAAAAUAUAACUCAAUAAUCAAAUAAAAAUAUUAAAAUAUGACUCAAUACUAAGACAAAUGAGCAAAACAAAAAGGAACAAGAGAUUUCAGUAGAAAUUCUGCCAAGAAAAAUAUACAAUGGAUGAUAAGCACAAGAAAAACACUCUCUGCACUUUUAAAAAACAAACACAUGUCAAACAUAAUGAGAUAUCACUUCACUCUCACUGACUAUAAUCAAAAGAUAGAUAAUAAAAAGUGUUGCCAGGAUGUGGAGAAACUGAAGCCCUCAUAGAAGGCUGGUGGGAAUGAAAAAAGGUGCAGCCGAUGUGGAAAACAGUCUAGCAAUUCCCCAAAAGGAUAAGCAUAGAGGUAGCAUAUGACCCAGUAAUUCUACUUAUAGGCAUGUACCAAAGAGAAAUUAAAAUAUGUCGAUGCAAAGCUUGUGCAUGAAUGCUGAUUAACCACAUUAUUCAUAAAAGCUAAAACCCAAACAGAAUCAAGGUCCAUCCCUUGAUAAAUCAACAAAUAAAAUAUUUAUAUCCAUACUAUGGAAUACUAUUUGGCAAUAAGGAAUAGGAUGGAUGAUCCUCUUUAGACAUUAUGCUAAGUAAAAAAUGCCGGUCACAGAAGACCACAUACUUUUUAUUCUCUUUACCAAACUGUCCAAAAAAAGAAAAUUUAUAGAUAAAAAACUAAAUUAAUGAUUGCCCAGAGCAGACAGGAUGGGUAAAGCAAAGUGGGGAGAUAAAAGCAAAAGUGCACAGGGUUUCUUUUAGGGAGAUAAACCUAUUUGUUGUAGUAGAUGUGCAAUUCUGUGAAUAUACUAAGAAAUAUUGAAUUUUAAACAAUAAUGGUGACUAAUAUGGAAUGUACAUUAUAUACCAAAACAAUUUUACAAAAACCUAUUUGAACCAUGAUAAGCGAGAAAUACUGACUCAGCCGUAUAAUUAUUUUAUUUCUAGUUCUGUGUCACAGGACUGCAGACCCAGGAGCCUCUUACUGCCACUAUUUUAGAUAGAAAUCUAAAAUAUAUGACAUAGGACAUGUUAUUUGCACUUGCAAGGUCAUCACAGUCAGCUGGAUUAAUGCACUUAUAAACAGAAAGGGACGUUAAACACACUUGAGUGAACACAAAGUCAUCUGCCUUUGCUCUGUCCACUUGGCAGCCACACUCUGAGACUGCUCAGAGGAUGGACUUUGAGUGCAGGAGUUAAAUUUUACCUUGAUUAAUUUAUCCUUCAUUAUAAGCAUGAGAUAUGACAGAAAGGACCAGCAACUCGAAUAAAAAGCAUUGCAUUUCACCAAGAUGGCUAUGAAAUUGGCUUCAGUUCUCCUGCUGAUGCAACUGAGUGGUCACUUUAGCUCUGGGACUUGCGGGAAGGUGCUGGUGUGGCCCACAGAAUACAGCCACUGGAUGAACAUGAAGACAAUCCUGGAUGAACUUGUCCAGAGAGGACAUGAGGUGACUGUAUUGACACAUUCUGCUUCCAUUCUCAUUGAUCGAAAACAAGCAACCAGUAUUAAAUUUGAAGUUUUUCCUACAUCUUUAACCAAAAGUGAUUUUGAAGAUGUCAUCAUACAGCUGAUCGAUAAAUGGAUAUAUGAUCUUCCAAAAGAUACAUUUUGGUCAUAUUUUUCACAAGUACAAGAAAUCAUGUGGAGAUUUUCUGAAAUCAUGAUGAAGUUCUGUAAAGGUGCAGUUUUAAACAAGAAACUUAUGACAAGGCUACAAGAGUCAAAGUUUGAUGUGGUUCUUGCAGAUGCCAUUGCUCCCUGCGGUGAGCUGCUGGCUGAGAUACUUAAAACACCCCUUGUGUACAGUCUCUGCUUGUCUCCUGGCAACCAAUAUGAAAAGCAUGGUGGAGGACUUCUAUUCCCUCCUUCCUAUGUACCUGUACUUAUGUCAGAAUUAAGUGAUCAAAUGACAUUCAUGGAGAGGGUAAAAAAUAUGAUAUAUGUGCUUUAUUUUGACUUUUGGUUCCAAACAUUGAAUAUGAAGGAGUGGGAUCAGUUCUACAGUGAGGUAUUAGGCAAAACCACUACAUUAUAUGAAACAAUGAAGAAAGCUGAUAUGUGGCUUAUUCGAAACUAUUGGGAUUUUGAUUUUCCUCGCCCAUUCUUACCAAAUUUUGAUUUUGUUGGUGGACUCCACUGUAAACCUGCCAAUCCCCUGCCUAAGGAGAUGGAAGACUUUGUCCAGAGCUCUGGAGAAAAUGGCGUUGUGGUGUUUUCUCUGGGGUCGAUGCUCAGUAACAUGACAGAAGAAAGGGCCAAUGUGAUCGCUGCAGCCCUUGCCCAGAUCCCACAAAAGGUUCUAUGGAGAUUUCAUGGCAAGAAACCAGACACCUUGGGACCCAAUACUCGGCUGUACAAGUGGUUGCCCCAGAAUGACCUUCUUGGUCACACAAAAACCAAAGCUUUCAUAACUCAUGGUGGACUCAAUGGCGUCUAUGAGGCCAUCUACCACGGGGUCCCCAUGGUGGGCAUCCCUUUGUUUGCGGAUCAACCAGACAACAUUGCUCACAUGAAGGCCAAGGGGGCAGCUGUUAGAGUGGACUUCAGCACAAUGUCAAGUGCAGAUUUGCUCAGUGCCUUGAGGACAGUCAUUAAUGAACCUAUAUAUAAAGAGAAUGCUAUGAAAUUAUCAAGAAUUCAGCGUGAUCAGCCAGUGAAGCCUCUCGACCGAGCAGUCUUCUGGAUCGAGUUUGUCAUGCGCCACAAAGGAGCCAAACACCUUCGGGUUGCAGCCCACGACCUCCCCUGGCUCCAGUACCACUCUCUGGAUGUGCUUGGGUUCCUGCUGGCCUGUGUGGCCACUGCUAUAAUCGUCAUCAUGAAAUGUUCUAUGUGUUUUUGGUGGAUGUUUGCUACAGCAGGAAAGAAGAAAAAAAAGGAGUAAUUAGAUCUAGACCUGAAGCAGAAGUCCAUGAUACAUGAGAAUUCUUCAGUUUAUUCCAGCGAGAAGUGCUUGUGACGUAAGAUUCCCUUCCUCCUGUGACCACCUGAAUUUUCACAAUUAAGUUUGUCGAAUCUGUUUGUUUAUGAAACAAUUGAUAAUUUUUUGAAAGUUAGAAAUAUUUGAUUGUGAAGAGAAAAGAAAAUCUGGGGGAAAAUAAAAAAUAAAUAAAUAUGAUACGGGUUUAUGUAGACAUGUACUGUUCCAAUUCAGUACAUGAAUUGUACUUUCUCUCUCUCUCUCUCCUCCUUCUUUUCCCUGUCUCUGUCCCUCUCCCUGUCUUUCCAUAUUUCUUCUUCUCUCUCUCUCUCCUUUAUUCCUAUAUUUCUUCUCUGAUUCCUUCUCUCAUACUCAUGCCUGUACAUCUAUGCUUCUGAGAAUCCAGCUAUAGGCACUGCUACUAGUAGAGGAGGGAGGGAGCCGCUUGGAGGUGACAAAGGGGUCUCUCUUUUCACAUCUGGGUACAGAGGUGACAUCAGGACUUACUUUGGGCAUCUCCUUCCCAUUCCUCACCAGGCUACACCACAGAGUUCUGUUCAACACCAGGACAUUCAAGGCAGGAAGAGUGAUGGAAAAAUCCAACUGAAAGUGGGAUGAAAAUUAAAACGUUCAUGGCUUACUAAGAUCUGUAAUGAAGACCUGUAAUGCCAUCCAAAGGGCUUUCAAUCUUGAUGUGGGUCUUCAUCCAGAAGCCCUGAAGUGUUAGGUAGAUAGUAAGGGAUUCUGGGUUCCCUAGGGACAAAAGUGGUUGCUGUUGCCCUUAUCUCGGUCCUUCCCAACCCUGAUUCUCUAUACUUGGGGAAGGAGGGACUACCCCAUCAAUCUGCCAGUUAGAACUUGGUGUGCCAUCAGCAAAAGAUGCAGAGGACUCUCUAGCCCAUGGACCAAACCACAUGAGAACCAUCGAGACUGGAAAGUGACCUAGAACCUGAUAUGUAGUUAAAGCUCAGGUCAUUUGACUCCCAACUGUCUAAUCAAAGUGGUUCCAUGGUGAUGGUGACCUCUGAGCCACAAGGGAGAUCUCUAUGUGGACACUAUAAAAUAGGACUCAGACCAUAGCCAAGCUCUCUCUUUCUCUUUGCUCUUCCUUUUGACUGUCCUGCUGGUACAAUGGGUCCAGUAUUCGUCCAUGCCAUAUGCGCCAUGCUUUGUAAACCCAUAUCAUGCUCUUGCCCUAUAAUGUUAUCUUUCUCUCCUCAAUAAACCUCAUUUCCGUGCUUGCCUAA